UGCUGAAAACUGCUUCCCCUGCAGCUUCAGCACCACCACCACCACAGCAGCAGCAACAAGUCAGGAUUCAGAGAGUAAUGCAACAGAACACUUUUGAAGAAAGCAGACACCCGUGGCAGGAGUCAUUUGAAAAUGUCAGUAUCUGCAUGCCAUUUCGUUGCCCACGAUGCGGUGACCACACUAGAUUCAGAAGCCUUUCUUCUCUGAGGGCACAUCUGGAGUAUAAUCAUAGGUAUGAAGAAAGAAGCCUUCUGACAAAAUGCAACCUAUUUUCUUCCCUCAAAAAUGCAGACUUGCUCUCUUCCUCAGAGACCGUGACUCAAGGAAAACUGGGGAACACCAGCAAUGCAAUAAAACAAAAACCAUCCUACAUAAAUUUUUGUGACACAUCACAUGAGUACCCAAAGAACAGAAAAUCACUGGAGGUGGAAGCUGAAAGGCCUGUCUCUUUUGUGGCAAAUUACGGGUCAGCUGACUUCACAGAUGAGCAAAUUUCUAAACCUGGUGUUCCAACAACAGACUCCAAAGCCUCUUUUGAGGCACAUGUACGAGAAAAGUUUAAUAGGAUGGUAGAAGCUGUAGAUAAAACAAUAGAGAAGAGAAUUGACAAGCUUACCAAAGAGCUGGCCCAAAAAACUGCUGAGCUGUUGGAAGUUCGGGCGGCUUUUGCGCAGCUAUCUCAGAAGAAACAGGAAGUUCAGAGGCGAGAGAGGGACCUGAACAGACAGGUGGAUGUUGCAGUUGAGAUGAUUGCUGUACUGAAGCAACGUCUUACAGAGUCUGAGGAAGAACUUCACAGGAAAGAAGAAGAGGUUGUUACUUUUAACCACUUCCUGGAAGAGGCAGCUGAGAAAGAGGUCCGUGGGAAAGCCAGGCUCCAACACUUCAUUGAGAAUCUAUUGCAGCGGGUUGAUCUGGCAGAAAGACAACUAGAAUAUUAUCAAAAUCAGCAGAUAAUGUGCAAUUACAAUGAUGUCAAUGAACACAUGUUUACAGACCUCUCAUCAAAUAAGAAACCCAGAUGCCUAAGCCGAGGAAAUCAGCAUGGUUCAUAUAAUAUACCUGAUGCAAAACCUCAUUCCCUUCAAAAAGGUAGAAUGUUCCUAAAGAAAACCAAGGAUGAGAAGAACAGCAUCCAGCCAGUUAUAUUCUUCUAUGAGCCUGUCGACUGCUCAAGAGAGCUAUGGAGGCCACAGAAAAAAGGUGAACCUGUGAGUGCUGCCCGAAAGGUGAAUUCAAAAUCCAAGCAGGGUAAAAAAGGCAAAUAGCUACAGUAACAGAUUAUAUUAUAUAACAACAUGCAGGAGCUACUGGCACAAGGCUUCAACAAAACAGAUAUUGAAUCAUGUCUGUUAGCUAAGCAUUGUACUUUUUCUUAUUCAUUUGUUCAUGCCAUAAAAUAUUAAAUAUAAAUAUAUAUAUAAUAUAUACAGUAUGAAAGAAUAUUUAUAUUAUUUAGUAAUUUUGUUUCCAUUGGAGGGUCUAUAAGUGAAGUAACAUUUAUUUAUGUCAGUUUGCAUUUGAUUUUUCUAUUUAUGUAAUGCUAGAGCCUAUUGAAAAUGAUCCCAGUAUCUUGCUGUAUGCUAUUGUGGCCAUAUGUUUUAUAACCAGAUAUUUUAGUGGCAGUAUGUGGUUUACUAAUCUAAUUUCCAUCCAUGUCAUUGCAUUAGUUCAGAAGAAUCCAUUUAAUUGGCAUCCUGAUACUCAGUCUUUGCACUUAAUUGGUGUGAUUGCCAGGAAAUAUGUUCAAUGACAAAUCACUACAUAUACCAGCACACUUAGUUGUGAGAAGUGCAUUUUAGUGUAAUCCUACAGUGCUGUCUUCAAAGCUGUUCAUAGCAGCAGAUUGGUAUUUGCAAUCCUGAAUUUUCUCUGUACAGCCCUGCAUGUUCAUUUCAUGCUCCUUCCAUGCUUUACUAUAGCUCCUAUUGGGAUCCAAGAAGUGGGCAGGCUUUGCCCACCCACUGCUAAAGGAUCACCCCCACUCAGCCUAAGGGGGGUCCACAGGACCUGGAGACCAAAAAAUUACAGGGGACAACUAAUAAAAGAACAGGGACAGGAGUGAGGUCAAAGGGUGCUUUACUAUAGCUGCUAAACAAAUUGAUUUUACUCAGGGCCAAAUUCCAAGCUCGUGUAAAUUACACAGAUCAAUUAACUUCAGUGCUUGCUUUGAAAAUGCUGCAUGCUUUGUAUUUUCAGUACCGUUUCAACUUCUGCCAUUGUUGAUCAGCAGGAAUUGAACUGAGGCCUACAAUCAGAAGCUACUUUGUCCAUGUCUACACUGCAGUUAGACAUCUGCAGCUGGUCCAUGUCAGCUGAUGCGGGCUCACGCCAGGGCUCAGGCUGAGGGGUUGUUCAAUUGAAGUGUAAAUGUUUGGACUCAGACUACAGCCCGAGUU